UAUAUAUAUUCUUUUUUUUUUUUCAAAAUGUUUCGGAUACUGAGAUGUUUGUUGAUUUGUUCGAUAGCGGUCAGCAUGGUCAAUAUUAAGGUGUUUACGAGAGCCAUGUCCACGGUGGCCACGUCGUUCAGCGCUUACGGCAUAGUUCCCGAUGUCAUCCCGGUGGCUCCAGAGGCUCUUGCUACCGUGAAGUACCCCAGCUUAGCGGUCGUGAGCGAAGGCAACGUGCUCUCUCCCUCUCAAGUCCAGGACGUCCCGCAAAUCAGCUGGAAUGCCAGCGCCGAUAAAUACUACACCGUCGCCAUGACUGACCCCGACGUGCUCUCACGCAAGGUGCCUACGUUGGGCGAAUUCAGGCACUGGCUGGUUGGCAACGUGCCAGGCGACAACGUGACCACUGGCCAAACGCUGGCCGCAUACAUAGGCGCCAAGCCGCUACCGGGCACCGGCCUUCACCGCUACGUGUUCCUGGUCUACCAGCAACCUGGAAAACUCAACUUCUAUGAGCCCAGACUACGUAUCACAUCCGCUAUCAAUCGCGUAACGUUCUCCAUUCACAAGUUUGCAGUCAAAUACGGCCUGGGUACCCCCAUUGCAGGCAACUUCUUCCAGGCAGAGUUCUCACUCGGGUUGGGAAAAACGCCCCUCUUAUUCAAGUGGUUUGGCCGUUAG